AUGCCAAAGUCACCCAUGUUUGGGGAGCCAAAGAAGGGCACAGUUCGGAACGGCCAGAACUCAGGAAGAAUCCUUGUUAUUCCUACUAUCUCAGGAGCUUCCUUUACAGUUGCAGAACCGUAUUACGCCAAUGUCACCCAUGUUUGGGGAGCCAAAGAAGUUCACAGUUCGUCGAACGGCCAGAACUCAGGGAGAAUCCUUGUUACUCCUACUACCUCAGGAGCUUCCUUUACAGUUGCAGAACCGUAUUACGCCAAUGUCACCCAUGUUUGGGGAGCCAAAGAAGUUCACAGUUCGUCGAACGGCCAGAACUCAGGGAGAAUCCUUGUUACUCCUACUACCUCAGGAGCUUCCUUUACAGUUGCAGAACCGUAUUACGCCAAUGUCACCCAUGUUUGGGGAGCCAAAGAAGUUCACAGUUCGUCGAACGGCCAGAACUCAGGGAGAAUCCUUGUUACUCCUACUACCUCAGGAGCUUCUUUUACAGUUGCAGAACCGUAUUAUGCCAAAGUCACCCAUGUUUGGAGAGCCAAAGAAGUUCACAGUUCGUCGAACGGCCAGAACUCAGGAAGAAUCCUUGUUACUCCUACUACCUCAGGAGCUUCCUUUACAGUUGCAGAACCGUAUUACGCCAAUGUCACCCAUGUUUGGGGAGCCAAAGAAGUUCACAGUUCGUCGAACGGCCAGAACUCAGGAACAAUCCUUGUUACUCCUACUACCUCAGGAGCUUCCUUUACAGUUGCAGAACCGUAUUACGCCAAUGUCACCCAUGUUUGGGGAGCCAAAGAAGUUCACAGUUCGUCGAACGGCCAGAACUCAGGAACAAUCCUUGUUACUCCUACUACCUCAGGAGCUUCCUUUACAGUUGCAGAACCGUAUUACGCCAAUGUCACCCAUGUUUGGGGAGCCAAAGAAGUUCACAGUUCGUCGAACGGCCAGAACUCAGGGAGAAUCCUUGUUACUCCUACUACCUCAGGAGCUUCUUUUACAAUUGCACAACCGUAUUAUGCCAAAGUCACCCAUGUUUAG